AUGGAUUCUUGGGGUCUGUCUUCAUUUCUGUUCUUUGGUGUUCUCCUCCUGGUUUCUGGCUUGCCAACUCCGGAAAACUUUGAUAUAGAUGGUGGAAUGGACCGGGAUAUAUUUGAUAUCAAUGAAGAGCUGGGACUGGAUCUUUUUGAGGGAGACAUCAGCCUUGAUGAGGUGCAAGAAAGAAAUUCCAUCAUCGGAGAAAACUACAGGUGGCCUCAUACUAUUCCAUAUGUCCUGGAUGACAGCUUGGGAAUGAAUGCCAAGGGAGUUAUCCUCAAAGCGUUUGAACGCUAUCGCCUGAAAACAUGCAUUGACUUCAAGCCUUGGUCUGGAGAAGCCAACUAUGUAUCAGUGUACAACGGCAGUGGCUGCUCGUCUUCAGUGGGAAAUCAGCGUGUUGGGAUGCAAAAACUCUCCAUCGGGAAGAACUGUGACAAAAUAGGAACAGUUCAACAUGAGUUUCUCCAUGCGCUGGGAUUCUGGCACGAACAGUCGCGUUCCGAUCGGGAUGACUACAUCAGCAUAAUUUGGGACAGAAUUAUGACAAACAGAAAACACAAUUUUAUCAUCCGUAAUGACCAAGAAUCGGACUUCCUGAAUGUUCCCUACGAUUACAAUUCAGUAAUGCACUACAGUAAAACUGCCUUCAAAAAUGGAUCAGAGCCAACAAUUGUAACGAGAAUCCCGGACUUCAUGGAUGUGAUCGGCCAACGAAUGGACUUCAGUGACUUGGAUAUCUUGAAGUUGAAUCGACUGUAUAACUGUACCUCUUCCCUGAGCUUUAUGGACUCGUGUGAUUUUGAACUGGAAAACGUGUGUGGUAUGAUUCAAAGUUCAGAAGACAGUGCUGACUGGCGAAGGGUCUCCGAGGCUCCUGGGGGCCCAGAGAGUGAUUAUUCCAACAUGGGCCAGUGCAAAGGUGCUGGCUUCUUCAUGCAUUUCAACAGGAGCUCCGUAAAUGAGGGGGCCAGAGCACUGCUGGAAAGCAGGAUCCUAUACCCCAAACGAGGGUUUCAGUGCUUGCAAUUUUAUGUGUAUAACAGUGGGAGUGAAGGUGACCAGCUGAACAUCUAUGUCAGGGAGUAUUCUGCAGCCAGUGUGAACGGCACUCUAACCCUUGUGGAAGAAAUAAAAGAUAUACCCAUUGGGAGCUGGCAACUUCGCCACGUAACUCUGAACGUGACCAACAAAUUUCGAGUGGUGUUCGGAGGGGUCAGAGGUGCUGGGGCCUCACUGGGUGGCCUGUCUAUUGAUGACAUCAAUCUUUCGGAAACACAGUGCCCCCAUCACACCUGGCAUAUAAGGAAUUUCACUCAGCUCCUCGACAGUUCCAAUAGCUCUCUCUUCAGCCCUCCAUUUUAUUCUUCUAAAGGUUAUGCCUUUCAGGUUUCCCUGAAACUAACGAAUUUGACUAACGUAGGAAUAUAUUUCCACUUGAUCUCUGGAGCCAACGAUGAUCAGUUACAGUGGCCAUGUCCUUGGCAACAAGCCACGAUGACAAUCUUGGAUCAAAACCCUGACAUUCGACGGUGUAUGUCCAGGGAGCUGAGUAUCACGACAGACCCAUUUAUGAUCAGCGGUAAUGGAAACUAUUUUUGGGACAGGCCUUCCAAAGUGGGAGGAAAAGCUUUUUUCUCUAAUGGAACUCAGUUUCGAAGAGGUGGGGGCUAUGGAUCCAGCACCUUUAUGACCCUGGAGCAGCUGAAAAGCAGAGAUUUUAUAAAAGGAAAUGAUGUUUAUAUCCUACUGACAGUGGAAGACAUAUCCCACCUUAAUUCUACACAAAGCCAGCCAGUCCCAACCUUCAGCAGCGAUGAUCUUUGUGCAAGCUUCCGAUGUGAGAAUGACGGUAUCUGCAUUGUCCGAGAAGGCAAUGCUGAGUGCAGGUGUCCGUCGGGGGAAGACUGGUGGUACAUGGGAGAAAGGUGUGAACAGAGAGGCUCCAGACGAGACACCAUCAUUAUUGCUGUUUCUUCCACGGCUGCUAUGUUUGCCCUGAUGCUGAUAAUCACCCUCAUCAGUGUCUACUUUACCCGGAAGAAGUAUCAUACAAAGACAAGUUCAAACACAGCAAAUACGACUCUGGAAAAUGUAAGUUGA